AUGGCGGAAGUCGUGGGUCAAGGGGGACGGAAGGAGGGAGGGAGGCAGGGAGAGAGGGAGCGGGCCCCGGCCUGGGACGAGGACCCCGCUGGGAAGAAAAAGCAUCCCGGGCCCCACGGCCGGAGGUGGAUCCUGGUGGAGGCUAGUUGUGGGUACUGGGAGCCGCUGGUGCCCCCCCCCCCAGCCCUGGCUGCCUUUUGGGUCCUGCGGCGCUCGAGGGCCUCGAGGAGCUGGGGGGGACGGGACGUGGGGAGCGGGGGCCGGCCCGCCCCGCCGGGGGCCAAGCCGCCCGGGGCCAUGGCCCAGCUGGAGGGGCCCAGGGUGCCCGGCCUGGGGGGCCUGAGGCGCAGGAAGAGGCUGCUGGAGCAGGAGAAGGAGCUGGCCGGCUGGACGCUGGCCCUGGCCCUGGCCGGGGUGGCCCUCAUGGUCCUGCACGCCGAGAUGCUCUGGUUUGGCCAGUGUGAGUGGGAUACCUACUUCUUACUGGUGAAAUGUGCCAUCAGCAUCUCCACCUUCUUCCUCCUCAUCCUCAUCCUGGCCUUCCACGCCAAGGAGGUCCAGCUGUUCAUGACGGACAACGGUCUGCGGGACUGGCGGGUGGCGCUGAGGCGGCGUCAGGUGGUGCUGAUGGCGCUGGAGCUGGUGGUGUGCAGCCUGCACCCGGCGCCCGGCGGGCCGGCCUGCCAGCGGGACCGGGAUCCGGCCCAGCAGGCCCAGGGCUGGCGCGUCUUCCUGUCCGAGUCGGAGACGCUGCUGUCGCUGGCCAUGCUGCUGCGCCUCUACCUGGUGCCCCGGGCCCUGCUGCUGCGGAGCGGCGUCCUGCUCAACGCCUCCUACCAGAGCAUCGGAGCCCUCAACCAGGUCCGCUUCCGAUACUGGUUCGUCGCCAAGCUCUACAUGAACACCCACCCCGGACGGCUGCUGCUCGGGCUCACCCUGGGCCUCUGGCUCACCACCGCCUGGGUGCUCUCCGUCGCCGAGAGGCAGACGGCCAACAACACGGGGCAGCUGACCGAUACGCUGUGGCUCAUCCCCAUCACCUUCCUGACCAUCGGCUACGGAGACGUGGUGCCUGGCACUUUCUGGGGCAAGAUCGUGUGUCUCUGCACUGGGGUCAUGGGCGUGUGCUGCACCGCGCUGCUGGUGGCCGUGGUGGCUCGUAAACUGGAAUUCAACAAGGCUGAGAAACACGUCCACAACUUCAUGAUGGACAUCCAAUGUGCCAAAGAGAUGAAGGAGUCGGCCGCCCGGGUGCUGCAGGAGGCCUGGCAGUUUUUCAAGUACGGGCGCCGGAAGGAGGCGGGGGCCGCUCGGACGCACCAGCGCCGCCUGCUGGCCGCCAUCCACGUAUUCCGCCAGGUGCGAUUGAAACACCGGAAGCUGAGGGAACAGGUGAACUCCUUGGUGGACAUUUCCAAGAUGCACAUGAUCCUAUGCGACCUCCAGUCCGGCCUCAGCAACUCUCACCGUGACCUGGAGAAGCGGAUCGAUGCCCUGGGAGGAAAACUGGACACCCUCACCCGGCUCCUCAAUGCCGCCCUGGAGCUGGGACCGCCCCCUGCCCCCACGGACACCACAUAGCUGGUUGUGCAGCGGGGGAUUCCAGUCCCAGGCCCUGGGAUGACUGGGACGCCGCCCCUGACCAGAAUACAGUCGGACACUGCCCUCAGGGAGCUGCUAGAGCUAUUCGGCCCGGGGACGGGGCCCUCCACCGCGGGCGUCAGGGGGGCAAGCCCUGGGACCACCCCACCUCUCCCUCAUCCCCACCUCACCAGCUGCAACGGCGAACCGGCUAGGGAAGGGGGAGACCUCUCUUGCAGGAGAGACACCCCCCCCAUGUCAGCGCGGGGGGCUUGAAGCUGCUAUAAAUAGGGGGUGUGUGGGGUGGGGAGGGAGGGAGGACCCCCACCUUACAGUAGAAGGAAGCUCAGAGUCUGGCAGAGCAAGGAGAUUUGCAGGCAGGGGGAGAGAUGCUUAGCCUUGGGUGGGCUGGGAUUUGAGAGGUCAGAGUUCCGGGCGGGUAGCGGGACCUGUGGGAGCUGGAAGCCUGGGUCUGGGAUUCGAGUUGCGCCCCCCCCCCCGAAAUUCCCUCCCCCUUCCCAUUUCCCACCCCCUUCCCACCCCUUCCCUGCGGAGCGCCCCCUGGUGGGGAGAUCCGGGAACCGCCGACCUCCCCGGGGCCCACGCGGGCCCUUGUAAAUAUUUUUAUUUGUAAGACAAGAGAAAUCAUCGGAGCCGGGAGUGGGUUGUUUUGUAGUUUGUUUUUUUUAACGGCCAAUGAUU